AUGUUGGGGUUCCUGAAGAAGGAAACCUCCGAGUCCGAGGCCGCGACGCAACAGGAGGCCGCCGAGACGCCCCGUAAGCCGUUUCGCGAAGCCAUUAUUCCCGUCAUCGCAUGUGGCGCCGGAUUGUUUUCCGAUGGAUACAUCAACAACGUCAUUGGUUCCGUCACCACGGUCCUCGCACUCCAGUACGGUGACCUCUACAAGAACUCCAACGCGAAGAAGUACGUCGGCGACAUCGCAUUCGCGGGAACCGUCGUCGGCCAGCUUGCCUUCGGCUGGCUCGCCGACCACUGGUCGCGCACGAACUCCCUUCUCGUCUCGACCAUCAUCCUCGUCGUCUUCACGGCACUCGCAGCUGGCUCAUACUACCGCGGCGAAGCCGUUGGGAUGUUCAAUAUCCUGGCUGCGUGGCGCUUUUUCGUCGGCAUCGGCAUCGGUGGCGAGUACCCGGCGGGUAGUGUCGGCGCUGCUGAGAACACGGGAGAACUCAAGGCCGGCUCGAGGAACACCUGGUUCAUCUUGUUCACCAACUCUGCGAUUGACGUCGGUUUUGUGAUCGGCGCGUUCGUCCCGUACGUCGUCGCCGCCGCUUGUCACAAUGGUCACUACAGCACCAUCUGGCGCACCAGCUUGGGUAUUGGCGUGGUGUUCCCGAUCUUCUUGUUCGUGCUACGGAUCUUCGUCAAGGAACCCGAGGACUUCCAGCGGAACUCGAUGCGUUACGCCAAGACCCCUUAUCUGCUGUCUCUCCGCUUCUAUGGAUGGCGUUUGUUCGUCGUGAGCUUGAUCUGGUUCAUCUAUGACUUCUCUGCCUACUCCUUCGGCAUCUACUCGUCAACUAUCUUGAGCAAUCUGUACGGUGAAACAGCACCUCUCACGACUGUCUUUGGCUGGAACACCGUUAUCAACCUGUUCUACCUCCCCGGUACUUUGCUCGGAGCCCCUGCAUCAGACUGGCUCGGUCCACGCUACGCUCUUGCCGUUGGUGUCACCCUUCAGGCAGUCGUCGGCUUCAUCAUGGCUGGUGAUUACUUCAACUUGUCGCAGCCCGGCAUGGUCGGUGGAUUCGUCGUCGUGUACGGUGUUUUCCUCGCUCUCGGCGAAUUCGGACCCGGCAACAACAUCGGUCUCCUGGCCGCAAAGACUUGUGCGACGGGUAUUCGCGGCAAAUACUAUGGUAUUGCCGCGGCAAUUGGCAAAAUCGGCGCUUUCGUUGGUACUUGGGUCUUCCCAUACAUCCAAGCCGCUGGUGGCGAUAACGCAGUGGCUUCUGCGCAGUAUCCCUUCUGGGUGUCGUCUUCACUCUGCAUUUUGUCCGCCCUUCUCGCUGUCUUUUGUCUCCCCCACAUCGGUCAAGACACCAUCGCCAUUGAGGACGCUCGGUUCCGCGCCUAUCUGGAGGAGAACGGAUACGACACCCGCCAACUUGGCCUCAAGAAGGGCGAGAUACUUGAGCGUGCCGAUGACGGCGAGAUUCCUUCUGAUGGAGUGGUUGUGAAGGGGGAGAAGACUACCGCGUAG